UCUUGUGUUGUUUAAGAAGCCACUUCGUUUAAAAAGUUAUCUUAUUAUCAUUAGGUCUGCUAUUACAGAGUGUGCAUCAAACCAUGUCGAAUUGUUGGCACAUGAUUAUGUUUGCCCUCUCCGUCUACCAUGUAUCGAACGCAGGAAGACUCACUCGUCGAUGUGAGGCGUCAAAUGGAAGAUGCGGAAAGAACACACAUUUAAGUUGUUCUAACAUGUUUGGUCAAGGAUGGACAGAGAAAGGCAAAUGCUGUGGUAAAAGAUCGUGUUGUGUUUUAUGUGAGGAUAUACAGAUUCAGAACGGCAGAGCUGUGAUACAGGGAAAAGGAGUUGGUGCUACUGUAACAUUUUCCUGCGAUAAUGGGUAUCAGCUCCUAGGAAGUAAAUCACUCACUUGCGAACAUAAUGGAUUGAGUGGAUAUAUUCCAAUAUGCUUUGCAUGUCCAGAGACUGUCGUUAACUUUGGUGAAUCAACAUACAAAUUCCACUGUGGAAAAUUUACCUGGUAUCGAGCAAAGGCUUAUUGUGAAAGUCAAAACGGAAGUCUGACCACAAUUGAAACUAAGGAGGAAAAUGACUUUUUAAAAUAUGUAGCUACAUUGAUAAAAACGACAGGACAAGCUGCUCCUGAUCAUUGGUGGAUAGGUCUAACAGACAUACAGACUGAAGGCACAUUUGAAUGGAUAUCGGGACAUCCAGUAAUAUACACUGAUUGGUUUCAAGGAACGAACAGGCAACCAGAUAAUGUUGACACAUUGGGAGGUACAAUUGAUGUGGACUGUGCUUCAUUAUAUCCGUUAGGAUCAUUCCAAUGGUUUGAUGAGGCAUGCAGGUUUAAUAGAUGCCAAGCAUUUUGUGAAAUUUGAUAACAGUAGCAAUGAUCAGUUUCAGAGCAAGGCCGUGUAAUGAGACAUUCUGAUAAGAUUCAAUAAAAUAAUAAGCAAAGUUUA